AUGGAGGCAGAGCACCAUGGUUCGGCUUCUGCUGAGCCAGGGACACCAACAAGCAAUCACCGAAAGGAGCGAGGGGCGAUUGCCGCCCAGGCUUGUGAGAAUUGUCGAGCCCGCAAGCAAAAGUGCUCAGAAGCGCGGCCGAAAUGCGACGGCUGUGUUCGAGCUGGGAUUCCAUGCAAAUACCGAGAGCCGCAACCAACAAAGAAAGACAAAACGCUGGUCGAGAUAUUGGAGAGGCUGAAGAUACUCGAAGGGGGCAUCAAGGCACUCGACGGCAAGGUGGAUAGUAUUGGUGUGCAGCCUGGGUUCUCAUUUGCAAAUCAUGAUCAACAACUCUCGGCGCCGACAACCUAUGAUCCGAGCCGCUCUAACUCCUGGGCUUCGUCCAGUGCGCAUCUUACUACUUCUUCUAUUGGCCCCGCCGCGGUCAAGGACAGUCAGUACAAGUACGCCUCUGCGGCGUUCAAGAUGCUGUCGUGGCCGUGUCUGAAACCGGUCCUGCCCGCGGUUGACAUCCCAGCCCUGGAGAAGGGAGGAGCUUCAAUCAUCCUCGGUCAAGGUGAGAAUGGGUCCAGUCCGUCCCUGGAUGCUCUGAAUGCGGCUCCAGCCAACUCAUCCCAAUCUUUGAUGAACACGCACCUUGGCUCCACAAACGAGCACCACAUUGGUGCUUUUGUUCCGAACCACGAGACCCUCGACUGGGAGACCAUGUUACGGCUCUCGAAGGCGUACUUUGACUCGUUCAACUUUUUGUUUCCAAUCAUCGACCGUCAACAUUUCGUUACGGCCAUCUUGCCGACAAUUGCGAGACACGGAUAUGACAACAGCUCCUUUUCGGCACUGGCACUCUUGGUUCUUGCGCUGGGCGAGGUUUCGCUGGCUGGCACUCAGGGCACCCCGAUCCAGACGCAUAAGGGACGGCCAAGCGGGCUUCGGGGAGGGAGCGCCGGCCAGCCUCCUGGGCUUUAUUUCUUUAACCGCGCUCGGCGGAACAUGGGUCUUGGCAUCGCGGAGUCAAGUCUUGAGAACGUACAGAUCUUCUCACUUGCCGCUCUGUAUUACGGGACAUGCUGUCAACAUACGGGGUUUUGGCGGAUGACGAUAUACGCAUCUGUUGCAUGCCAGGCCCUCUUGAUAAGUAAACCGGAUACCCUGCGAGGGGCUGCCGCUGAUCUUGUUCGACGAGCGUUCUGGCAUUGCUCCAUCAUGGAGACACUUCUAUACCUCGAACUUGACUUGCCAACGACUGGGCUUGAGAAAUUUGAGGACAUUGUAGGCCUCCCCGACUUCAGUGGAUCAUAUUCAGAGGAGGACUACGUCGGCAACCAAUCGACACAUUACCAAGAACAUUUUGCUUCGCAGAUCGUGUUGCGUCGAUUAUCUGUCGAGUUCAACAAGACCCUCAACAACGUUCUAGCAUCCGAAAACCUCAACGGCGCACAUCUGUUUCCACCAGAGACGCCUCGAGGCCAGGUGGUUUCCACAAUCAAACAACUAGCAAUGCAACUCGAACAAUGGCGGGGCAUGUUACCCUUACAUCUGAGGUGGCAGGAUGAUGAGCGAGGAGUGUUCCACCUUGGCGACGACCUCUACGACCCCACGGGAUAUCCUCAUGGCGUGCCACCCCAGCUGGGGACUUUCAGUUUCACGACAAAUCUCGACAUUCCACCGGUCAACUACCCAUAUGCGGCGGAUAUCCAGAUCUCCAUACUCCGCUCACGCUACUACUACGUAAAACACAUAUUAUAUCGCCCAUUCCUGUAUAAGGCUCUCCACCACCCCGAAGACUUUGGGCAGGAGGAUGCCGAAGGGGUGGCCGAGUGUUUGCAAGCCGGCUUGAAAUGGCCAAUUGCGAUGUCUCCAGCCUCCCGUCGCAAGCGGCUGAUCCCAUGCCUUUUCUUCUGGAGUCAAAACCUCUUGAGCGUUCUCGUGACGCUACGCCUUACGGAGAGAGUGCCGCUUUUGGCGCGGAUCCGGACAAAUAUGACUGGACCACGCUUCAACGAGGAUGCGAGGGAGACGGUUGCAUUAUAUAUAGACUGGAUUCGGGACCUGAAGGACGUCGACUCGACAGCAAUGUGGUGCUGGACGGUUCUGCAAGAUAUAUACCCGCUGGACGACGAUGCCUGAAAUGGAGGAUGGUAUCAUUGCGAAAUCUAAUCAGCGAUGACUUCGAGUCACACCCAGCACACAGCAAACCACUAUAUUCCAGGAAGCUGCUAGGCUUACAUGUACCACGAGCGGGGAUUUUCCCCGCGCUCAAAGUCGAAAGCUAGGCAGCGCAGGGGCCGGCUGUUGGCAAGAAAAAAGCACCAUAGAUGACAUAGACUACGAGGUCACGAUCACGAUGGUAAAGACCUGACGAAAGAUGCGAUACUUUUUCCUUCUUCCCCAAUUUCACUGUUAUGCAUAAGAGAGACGUCUAUAUAGUACACGAAGAGAGUCUCACGCUAGAAUAAACGGGGAAACCGCCAUGCA